AUGUCGUCGCCAAAUGGUGGGAUGACUGUGGAGGAUAUAUGGGCCACCACAUCAUCAUCUAUAGUGGUCGCAUGGUCGAAAAGCACAAGACGGAUGCGGGUUGUUGGUGGAGUAGUUUUAUUUUUUAUUCUUUCCGUUCUGCUUUUUAGACCUUCGAUACCAGAGAGUCCUUCACUCCCCUCACUACCUACGAUCCCCAAAGUAACUCUUGACUAUGGUGCACCAGGACCCACCCAAUUCAAUCAAUCCAAAGUAGCGCUUCUGAUUGAGAAUCGCGUCAAUCCAAUUCUUUCUCCUCUCAUGUUACAUUUCAUGUCCGUCGUACCUCCCGAUUGGCGCUUCCGCUUUAUGGGAAGUCUCGAAUCUGUCGCGCUCAUGAAUACCAGCCGGGCAAUUCGCCAGCAUGUCAAAUCAGGAAAACUCGAUCUGACGUAUAUUCCCGCCAACAUGUCCACCGGGUCUCAGGAAGAGAUCAGCAGAUUCCUGACGAAUCUAUGGCUCUAUGAGACUGUUCUACAACCUGCAGAGUGGCUACUUGUUUUUCAGACAGAUAGCAUGCUCUGCGCAAAUAGUAGACAAAGUCUCAACAAUUGGCUGGAUUACGAUUGGGUAGGAGCACCCUGGAAUCCUAAUGGGAAGUUUGGAGGAAAUGGAGGAUUGAGUUUAAGACGCGUGAGCGCCAUUGUUGAUGUUCUCCGUAAUCAAGUACGGGUAGAUGAUUCGGAGGCAGAGGAUGUAUGGCUUACCGAUCGAUUGGGACAUCGACCUGAGGCCAAACUUGCAAAUGGAACGACUUCACUCACAUUUUCGGGAGAAAUGCACAGUGGACAAGGAGAGCGAGUAGCUGCCGAGAAAAAGAAGGGGAAAGGCAAUGAUGGGACAAAAGUUGGUGAAUUGAUUAAGGGAGUUGAUGAUUGGAGAGAUGGAUUUUAUGAACCGAUGGGUUACCACACUGGUGGGAGUGGAGUCACACUUCAUGCUGGGAUUUGGGGAACACCCGAGAAGAGAAAACAUAUUUGGGAUUAUUGUCCUGAGGUAAAGAUGAUCUUCAAAAUGGAUGCCGCCAAAUAUGUCCCAGGGGAUUGCAAUUCGAAUUGGAAACGAUGGGAUAUGGGACAAGAGGGUGUCGAUCAGGUAGAUGAGAAUGUGGAAAUCAUUGAUGGGGUGGAAUAUCCUAUGUUACCUGCAGGUUUAGUACCCUGGUAA